AUGAAAAUAUUGUCAAAGGGAUGUUAAAUAGUUGCUGUUUAAAAUGAGAAAGUUAUAUCUAUUAGGAAUGAGCAUUAUCUAAGAAAUGAAGAUGUUGAAUUAUUCAUAUUUCAAGAUGAAAGUGUCAAAUCUAUAGAGUAUAUUCAUUUUAAAGAUAUCUUAAAGAAAGGUAAAAAGCUAUUGAUAUCUUAGGUAUUAAGAAAAUAAGUGGAUCAGGUGGUUUAGAGAUAGUUAUUACUUAAUGUAUCAAUCCUAAUCUAUUUAUUAUGGAAGAAAAUGAGUCAGAAUUCAAUUGUAAUGCUGUUAGAAAAUGGUUAAACUUUAAAUCAUAGAAUCAAUUACAUUAAUUCAAUUAACUAUAUAGAACACUCAAAGAUGUAAGAUGUUCCCAUCAUUUAUUAGCUUCAAAAUGCAUAAACAACUGUUACUAAAGUCAAAUAGGACGAUACAAUAGAUGCUUUUUAAAGUUGUGUCGAUCUCUCUGUUCUUACUAAAAGAAAUGAUAGUCUCAAAGAAUUAGAGUAGUAGUACGUUUAAGGAUAAAUGAAGUGGGCAUAAAUUGAUAUGGAAAAUGCUGAACUUGCCACCAAAAUUAGAUUAUUAUAAAUUGAAUUAUAACAAAGAAAACAAGAAAUCAAUAAACUCAAAUUUCAAUAUGAAAAUAAUGCCUAUCAAUUAUUGUAAUCAAAACAAUAAUUGGGAGAUGUAAUCAAUUAGGCUAUUGAAAUUGGAGAUUCAUAAAUUUUGGCAAAACUUGGAUUAUGA